UAUGUGAAACCAACGAGAUCCAGUUCUUCUUCUUCUCUAGCAGAGCUGCCGUGGUUUUGAUUGAAAUGAAACCCGCCGCCGGCGAAUAUCGGAGAUGGGCUUUUUGUCUCGCAUUAGCCGUUUACGUCCUGAACCGACUCAGCUUGAACUCGGCGUUCGGUCAAUGCGAACUCGGUUUCACCGACAGAAAUAACCUCUAUAACUACACGCUAGCUUCUCCAAUCCCUAACUUUCCUCAUGGCGUCCUCAGUGAAGAUGGGUUCUACAGGGUUUCAGGAGCAAAUGGGUCUAUACUUUGGUUUCAGCUUUGCGAUUCAAUGAUUUUCAACCACGACCAACCCCGGUGUUUUGGCUGCCUGGAUUGCGGAGGACCAUCACAUUGUGGUAUGGCUUGUAGUGCCCUUGUGGUUAACAAGAUUGAAGGUUAUCCCGUAUGUUCUUCCAUUGGUUAUAUCUCGAGCAUGACUAUUGAUGUUGUUGACAAAAAGAACCCCCACACUGGUGUCUCCAUUAGAAUGUCGAAUAUUGGUUCUCAGCUCAAUUGCUCACUCACAGUGUCUGUGUUAUGUGAUCUCGAUGGACUUCAGGGACCUGAUAGAUUGGAGACAGUUGGAACUUGUGGUUAUGUUACAUCUUUAAGACAUCCAUCUGGUUGUGCGAAGAUAAUAUCAAUUAAAGGAAAUGGAUUUGGCUGGUUUGGUUCCUUAAUGAUCAUAAUUGUAUGCGUAUUUGGAGCUUAUUUACUGGCAGGUAUUGUUUAUCGAUCCUACUUCCUCAGGAUUCGCGGUAUAAAUGUUAUACCAAACUUGGAAUUUUGGGGCAGUUUGCCGCAUAGAAUUCAGGGUUUGUUUACAUAUGUCCUACAGAAAUAUCGAGGGCACACUGAGAGUUACACAAGCUCUUAUUCUCCCGUCGACUUCUGAAACAACAUCUCGAGCGAGCGAUUGGAGAUUACAGCGGACAAUGGUAUCGGCGAACAUCUUGGUUUCCUCUUUAGAAUUGCCUUGGGGCACAUCAACAACGUAGGAUUCAACGACGACCGUGGCCGAGCCACCGGAGCAUUCAUGAAGAGAGGUGACGGAGCGGUAGUUAUUGAGACGGUGGACCCCACCGACGACGGAGAAACUGAUGACAUGGCGUUCGUUGUCGAGGAUCUCGAGUCGUUCGGUGCUGGAAGCUGCGGGGAGUCCGGAAACGACGUGGACUUCGCGGAGGGUUCCGAUGUCGCCGUGGCCGUGGAUGAGAUGGCAGCUUUUGAGGAAGUUUUUGUAGGCUUGUGGGUUGUCAAAUCUACUGACUAGGGACCAGACGGCGUCGAUUGGGGCGGCGAUUGUUUGGACUAGGAUGGACCAACAGUGGUUCAUGGGGUGGUCGAGUUGUAGUAAGGGAUGGUAUGGGAUUGCUUCAUCUGGGACGUCGUCGUCGGUUUGUUGUUGUUGUUGUUGUUGUUGUUGAGUACAUGAUCUGAUCAUAAACUUUGGUGCGGAGGAAUCGUUGAUGAUUCGAUUGAGCUGGAGUGAAGCAGUCAUAAUAUUGGUUCUGGAUUUGAGGAUUGAGAAUGGAAAUAAUAUAUAUAAAUGAAUCUGGUUUGGAGUGGUUGGAUGGUCUUAUCAAGCAAAAAGGCAAGAGGGCUUACGGCGGACAUGCAAGUGGGAGUUAAUUUGGAUCUUAAUUUCUUUAUUCAACUUGCAGACUCUCUUUCUUUUGGACAGAAUGAGUCUAAUCCAUUGCCCUUUAUAAUAAUAUAUAUAUAUUAAUUAA